CCUCCACUCCCGAAACACUGACACCACCCAAUGCCCAGCUAAUCAAGCUCCCGUCCUUGUAAGCCUUCAUCUCCCCCCUCCCCUGAAUACAAGCAAGCAAUUCAACCCCCGUUCUUUCUCUUCUGCUUCUUUUCUACAUCAUGAAGCUUCUUCUGCCUCUACACGACCGAGACACCCGUAGAAGCUCCCAAGCACAUCCUCUUACCCCUCCCUGACAGUAGUUGAAGCUAUAUCCAUCCUUCCCAAACCACCAUCACCAUAACCACAUCUACAACACAUCACAGUUGUUCACAUACACAAAGAACACGACACAAUGGAACAACUCGAUCCCACAACAGGCAACCCCCUCCCCGCCGACGCAAUCCAGCGCAUCCUCUUCAUCGCCUCCGGCGCCCACGUCUACAACAUCCCGCCCCUCACCUCGAACAAGGGCUACACCGCCGCCGGCUGGACCGACCGCCAAAUCUUCACCGCGCGCCUCCGCGUCCUCGAAACAGCCUGGGAGACCACCGCCGCCGCCCGCCCUACACCCGUAGGCGUAGGCUCCGCCGUCGUCCCCGUGGCCCCCGGCGCCCCCGCGGGCAUCACCUCGAAAGAGAACCACAUCAAGGUCGACAUCGUCCUCGAGGACCCCUCCAACGGCCAGCUCUUCGCCGCCGCGCCCUACACCUCCAUCAACGCCGUCGAGCCCGUGCUCGACUCGUCGCGCUUCUUCGCCGUGCGCGUCAUGGACGGCCAGGGCCGGAAGGCGGUGCUGGGCGUCGGCUUCGAGGAGCGCAGCGAGGCGUUCGACUUCGGCGUCGCGCUGCAGGAGGCGCAGAAGAGUUUGGGUUUGCUGGACGCCAGCCACGCCAAGCAGGCUGCGGAGAAUAGCAAGCGCGCCGAGGAGGAGAAGAAUAAGGAUUACAGCCUCAAGGAAGGCGAGACCAUCACCAUCAACUUUGGCGGGUCAAAGAUUGGGCGCCGGGCGAGGACCGAGUCCGGGUCCGAGAUCCCCGGCGGAGGAGCGGGAGGAGGGUUGCAGGGGUUCUCUCUUCCGCCGCCGCCGAGCGCGCCCAAGAGCAGCGGUGGUGCCGGCAGCUUCGGAUUGCCGCCGCCGCCGAGUGCUGCCAAUAUCCGGGACAAGAAGAGGGAGAACAGGAAAUCCGCACAGGAUCUAGGGUUCGACGACGGCCAGUUUGGAGAGUUUGCGUAAGGGGUUGGCUGGCUGGCUGCCGCGGAGUGUCUGUCACGCACGAGCUGAACAACUGCUUCGAGGUAGUUUCGCUUUCGCAGUUGGCAACGAUAGAAGAAAAAAGGAACAAAAGCUCAGUCCCCUACAAGAGGAGGCUUACGAAAGAUCCGAGCUACACCUCAUGUGAAAUGAGACUCGGAUUUUUACAAGAGAAAGCCGGGACUCGAACCCGGGACCCAUGGGAGCGGGGCAAUUCAAACGAGGACAUUCCCCGCCACGCCAUGGGCCUUGGUGACAGUAUCAAACAAAUUUGUUUGUUAUAGAGGCAUGGUGGCAGGUGGUUGGCGGUUGGCGGUGAGCGAAUGGGUGAGACUGGAUGAGUUGGUGACGGCUGUGGUGUAUUCAUGGCCAGGAAUAAACAAAAAAAAGUCUAAAGAGAGGCACGUUGAGGAGUUCGGAGGCGGCCCUUAUUUGAUGAUUAUAGUAAAAAGAUUCCCUACCCUGCUUUACUGCAGUUAC